CCGAGACCGUGACCGUGACCGUGGUCCAACCCUGGGCACCGCACCGCACAGGCACACACACCUACUCUUUCUCUCUGGUCUCUCUCUUUUUCUCUUUCGAUAGACUAUAGAGGAGGCACAUUAUUUCCAAAAAAGACAUUUUCUUCACUUACCUACCAUCCGACUUUUUUGUUUUCUUUGCUUGCACCGAAUUUACGGGACUGGAAAGCCUUCACGUCACUCGAUCCCGAUUAAUACCACAACAACAACAUACGAUACCUACUACAUACAUACCUAGGUACAGGUACUCAAGAAGCCUGCAUCAUCAGCAAGCAGCAGGGAACACCGCUGCAGCUUCAUUCCCAAACGGGCAAAUAAUAAUGUCGCCAGAAGAACAUGAAAUGGAACCCUUCGUCUUCGACGUCGGCAACGGAGACUUGGUCAGCGGACUAAAAUCCUUCCCUCUCAAACUCGAAGACACCACACGAUCCAGCAAAGGCACACCCCUCAUCAUCUGCCUACACGGAUCGAGUUAUUCGGCCAAAUACUUCGACGCACACCCCAACUACUCCAUCCGCAAUGUCUCUCUCCAACUGACCAUUCCCGUCAUCGCUCUCAACCGUCCCGGAUAUAAACAGACGCCCGAAUUGGGCAAAACGAGCAAUACCGGCUCGGAUACACAUUUGCAAAAUGAAGCCCUCUGGCUCCAUCGUCUUGUUCUCCCUACCAUCUGGCGCGCCUACGGUCCUCCUCUCGGUGCCACCUCGAUUAUUCUCCUCGGUCAUGGAAUCGGUGGAGCUGUCAGCCUUAUUACUUCCUCUCUCAGCUGCACCGAUCCGCCUGAAGAACGCAAUUAUCCCCUUUCAGGUCUCAUUCUCACCGGUUUAGGAUCCCGUCAAGUCCUCGAACCCAACGACGAAACUCUUUUUCGCUCUUCUCAAGAAUCCUUUGAUUUUUCCUCUUCCUCUCCUCCUCCUUCUUCCUCAUCCAAAGAAGAAAAAUCCCCUCUCUACGAACACUGGGAACCAGGCAACAAAACCAAACUCAUGCUAAACUCCGCCCUCAACCAAUCCCCCCUGGAAACCAUCAAAGCCCACUCCAAAAUCUCCUCUCGCGGUCUAACCUCCGAGACCCACGACUUCUCUUGUGCCCAAAAUUUCCCGCGAUACUGGCGCAGCAUGGCCGCACAAAUCAACGUACCUGUAAUGUAUUUUCUCGCCGACAUGGAUCUCCUCUGGGAUGCGACAUCAGAAAAAAUCACAGAUUUCGCUUCUGCGUUUUUGAGUUCGCCGAGGGUGGAAAGUGGGGUGUUGAGGGGUGCGGGGCAUUGUAUUGAAUUGAGUUGGUUGGGGCCUUGUUGGUAUACGCGUUGUGCGGGGUUUGCGAUGUGUUGUGCUGUUGAGAAGGUUACGUUGGAUGGGUAUAAGGGUUCCGGAGGGUUUCCGGUGCCGCCGGAGGAGAGGACGAGUUUGAGUACGAUUGUGGAGAGGGAUAGUGAGGCGCUGAAGGAGCAGGUGGCGGGGGUUUAGGGAAAGGAAGGUGGUUUGGGGCAAAGGGUAUGAUAUCUCGCUGGUCGAGGUUGUGGAUUUGUAUAUA